GUUGACUGGGAGGUUUGAGUUUCUCUUACAAGUCUACAAUGCUAUAAUACCUCACUUGCAGGCAUCCAUGGGUGAACACUAUGGGGGCACCCUUUGCAUUCCUUUACUGUAGAAAUUGUUUGUGCAGACCUCAUUGUCAUGACAGCUAAUCUGUCCUUACACUUGAAUCUGGUUAUGAUGGAAAAUGCUAUGGCAAUGCAAGGGAAUGAGGCUGUCCAGUACACUGCCACGAACAAUGCAGCAACAACGGCAGGUGGUGCUCGGUUUGUCAGGGAUAUUGGGACCCAGUAUACCUUACAAGCCAUGGAUGCCUCCACUACCUUCAUCUGGAGGACCUUCCAGCAGAACUCCGCUGCUGAUCGGAAAAAUGUGCUGAAAGUGAGCUUAUUUAUCGAUGACAUGGACGGGGUGGCGUAUGCCAGCAACGACCAGAUUCAUGUCAGCGCCAGAUACAUUAAUGGGUAUGGGGGCAAUGUGAAAAAUGAGUUCACUGGCGUUCUGUACCAUGAAAUGACCCAUGUGUGGCAGUGGAAUGGCAACGGGCAGGCGCCGGGUGGUCUGAUAGAAGGAAUAGCCGAUUUUGUGAGGCUGAAAGCUGGUUAUGCCCCGAGCCACUGGGUGAAGGCUGGGCAAGGUGACCGAUGGGAUCAAGGCUACGACGUGACUGCUAGGUUUCUCGACUACUGCAAUGGACUCAAGAAUGGGUUUGUGGCUCAACUCAACAAGAAGAUGAGAGGUGGAUACAGCAACAAUUACUUUGUGGACUUGCUGGGGAAGACUGUGGAUCAGCUCUGGAAAGACUACAAAGCAAAGUAUGCAACUUGAGUUUAUGCAACUUUUUGUGGCAACAAAUUAUGGUUAUGGCUUGAGUUUGUA